UUGGGCUCAAUAACCGAACAAAGACGAAAAUGACCGAAGCGCGACUCGGCAGAGCAGCGCUGGUGAAACAUGGCGGCCAAGGCGCUUCGGCAGCGAGCCAGACGAGGCAGCAGACAGGAUGCAAACAACGUGAACGUCCCAGCCGAAGCCCGGCCAACGAAAGAAGAGAAAGCCACCGAUGAAAGCAAAAUAACAGAGACCCGGCAAGAGCCGAUAAGUCGUGGAGGGCAGGUGUGGGCUCCAGAGGGGUCGACGGCAUUUAAAUGUCUCCUCUCUGCACGCUUUUGUGCUGCUUUGCUCAGCAACAUCUCAGACUGCGAUGAGACGUUUAACUACUGGGAGCCUAUGCACUUUCUCUUGUAUGGGACAGGAAUGCAAACAUGGGAAUAUUCCCCACUGUAUGCCAUCAGAUCCUACGCAUACUUAUGGCUGCAUGCGCUCCCUGCUUGUUUGCAUGCCCAUGUUCUACAGACUAACAAGGUGUUGGUGUUCUACUUUGUGCGGUGUGUGUUAGCAUUCUGCUGCUGUGUCUGUGAACUCUAUUUUUACAAGGCAGUUUGUAAGAAGUUUGGUUUGCAUGUGGGGAGGCUGAUGUUGGCAUUUCUUGUCCUGAGCACGGGAAUGUUCUGCUCCUCGGCAGCUUUUCUGCCUUCCUCUUUCUGCAUGUACACGACCCUGAUUGCCAUGACGGGGUGGUUUCAGGACUCGAUACCACUGGCUGUUAUGGGCGUGGCCGCCGGUGGAAUCGUUGGCUGGCCAUUUUCUGCCUUGAUUGGGUUUCCGAUCGCGUUCGACCUGCUGGUGAUAAAGAGAGAGUGGAAGAGUUUCCUGAUCUGGUGCGCUCUUGCUUUGCUUCUGCUGCUGGUCCCUCUGGUGGCAGUGGACUCCUUCUUUUAUGGCAAAUUGGUGAUUGCUCCACUCAAUAUCCUGCUUUACAAUGUCUUUACAGAACAUGGGCCGGAUCUUUAUGGUACGGAGCCGUGGCAUUUUUACUUUCUGAAUGGAGUCCUGAACUUCAACCUGGUGUUUGUUUUGGCGUUGUUUUCCCUGCCGCUCACCGCUCUCAUGGAGACGCUGCUGCACAGGUUCAAUGUUCAGAACCUGGGCCGCCCAUACUGGCUCACUCUUUCUCCCAUGUAUCUGUGGAUGUUGGUUUUCUUCACUAGACCUCACAAGGAAGAGCGCUUCCUCUUUCCCAUCUACCCUCUCAUCUGCCUCAGUGGGGCAGUAGCGCUCUCGUCUUUACAGAAAUGCUACCACUUCCUGUUCCAGCGAUACCGACUGGAGCACUACACCGUUUCCUCCAACUGGCUGGCUUUAACCACUGUCGUUGCCUUCACAGUCCUGUCACUGUCUCGCUCUGUCGCUCUCUUCAGAGGGUACCAUGCUCCUCUGGACCUGUAUCCAGAAUUUCACCGCAUCGCCAAGGAUCCCACGCUGCACUCCGUCCCCGACGGCCGACCAGUCAGUGUGUGUGUUGGGAAAGAGUGGUACCGCUUCCCAAGCAGCUUCCUUCUGCCUCACAACUGGCAGCUCCACUUCAUUCAGUCUGCGUUUAAGGGCCAGCUUCCUCAGCCGUACGCCUCUGGGCCUCAGGCCACGCAGAUCAUUCCAACCAAUAUGAACGACCAGAACCUGGAGGAGUCUUCCAGAUAUGUAGAUAUAAAACAGUGCCACUAUCUCGUGGACUUGGAGACGGAUGAGGAAUCGCCACUUGAGCCUCGCUACUCAACCAGUAAAGAAGAGUGGUCGGUCAUUGCUUAUAAGCCUUUCCUUCAAGCUUCAAGAUCCUCCCCUCUCUUCAGAGCUUUCUACAUCCCAUUCAUAUCAGACCAUCACACCACCUACAGACGGUACAUGAUCUUGAAAGCACGGCGACAAAAGCAGCCUCGUAAGCGGGCCCACGGCUGACUUUUGGGCCUGAUCCUUCUCCCUGACCCAUCCAAGAUUAUUGAAAAAAAAAUUAGGAGUCGGUUACAUCCGAGCUACGCAGCCGGUGUUUGUGUGUCAGUGUGCAUGUGGUGUGGUUUGUUUAAAAAAAAAAAAAAAGUGUGAAUUAGCGGACCCUUUAAAGACGUCACGUCUGCUUUGGGCUGGAGCGAUUGUCAGAAGAUGCUCUGAAUGGAGAUGUGAUUGCCAAUCAUCAGCGAAGCUUUUUUUUUUUUUACUUUUUCGUGUUUGUACAUUCAUGUCUUAAAGGCGUAAGCAGAAACAGGAUUUUACACUAAAUCAACCUUAAGAGGCCACGGCACAACAAAUCCAACUGUUUUCUGUUUAUGCUGUACUUGAAAACGUGGCUUGAAUUGAAGAAUUCCUCUGAACAUUUGAUCUUAGUUAAUGUAACGUCUGACUGUGUGGAAACGGUAAAUGAAUGAGGGUGUGUCGUUGACAGGGUUCCUACGCUAUCUUCUCCUUCCAGUGUUUGGGUUUUGCAGGUUCCAUCUUUGAAGAGUGUUCACUGCAAAUAUUUCUUCUAUAAAUCCAUGGUAAAGUUCGGUUUUUGUAUUUUAAAACUUUCUGCCAAAAAUACUGACCAAACAAAUCCGGAGAAGUAUGAAAUUUGGAAACGACAAAUGUAUAGGAACACUGUGUUAAUUUAACUUGUGAAUAAUGUGAAUAAAUUCAUGAUCGACUGUG